AUGGCCGAUUUUACUCGCUACCAGGACAUCUCCGAAACGACCGCCGACCUUGACUGGGCCGACCUGGUAGCUAUCGAUCUUUCUCUGUUCGAUCAACCGCGUGGCAAGCAGCGACUCGUCGCCAAACUCAAAGAAGCUAUUUCGACCGUCGGCUUCUUUUACGUCACCAACUUUGGGCUCUCAGAAGCAGAAGUUGACGAGCAGUUCUCUCUUGCCGAACAGGUCUUCUCCCUUCCCGAGGGCGAGAAGCAACUGUAUCGUGUUGAUCCUAGCAAGCAAGGCUUCUUCGGCUGGAAACCCCGCGGCAGCCGCAAACAACAACACGGCCUGGUCGACUCCCUCGAACUCUACGAUGACCCCAAGUGGAAUUGUACCUUCAAACAAGAGUACUCGCGUCCAUCGCCUCUCGCUGCAGCCGCCGAAAAGGCUGAAAAGUUUCAACGCCACCUCCACAACCAUGUCCUCAAACGGCUGCUCAUCCUCUCAGCGAUCAUCAUGGAACUACCAGACGAAGAGGCACUCUGGCAACUCCACGACUACGAGUCUCGCUCCCAAUGUCAUUUACGCUACAUGCUGUACCACCCGCGUACUGAGGCGGAGCUAGCCACCAUGCGUAAGCAUAGCAUCGAGCACAACGUCUACGGGCAUACAGAUUUCGGCACCUUCACGCUGUUGAUGCGCCAGCCAGUAGCCGCCCUGCAAGUCAGACCGUAUGGCCAGGAGAAGUGGAAGUGGGUGAAGCCGCUCAAGCACAGCAUCACCGUAAAUGUAGCCGAUACGCUGUCAUUCUUGACGGGGGGAUACCUGGAAUCGAGCAUCCACCGCGUGGUGCUCCCGCCAGAAGACCAGCGCCAUUUGCCACGGUACGGCGUGAUAUACUUCUCUGGACCUGACGACAGUACCUUGCUCAAGCCGGUCGACAGCCCGUUGCUUCAGCGGGAGAAGGUCGAAGGCAACAGAAACCGCAGCUUGCCACCGGCCGGCGUCACAGCCGGCGAGUGGGUGGAUGUGCGAUUCCGAAGCAUCGACAAGAACUACGCGAACAACAAGGAUAACGAGGUCACUGUGAAGAGUGUUGAAGUUGCUAGCUAUGCUCGUGCCCAGAUGCUAAAGAUCCGCUAUGACCUGACCGCCGCGCAUGCUGUAGAGUCCGACUUCCGUGCUCUCAUCAUUCCUUCGUACACCACCGCAUUGAUCGCUACGUGA